AUGGAAAAAUUUGAGUUGAAAUGCCCGAAGCAUCCGUAGAAAAAAAUAAAGUUUUUAGUAAAUUCAAUUUAUAAUGACUAAUAAGUACUAAUUUGCAGUAAAUGCAUUAUUGACUCUGAAAUUAGAAAAGGAGAGUUCAUUUUAAUAUCCUAAAUUAUGCAGCAAGGUGAUGAUAACUUAAUUUAAAAAUGGCCUCCUUUAGAAGAUAGCUAAAUCAUUAAAAAGUUGGUUGAUUUAACAUAAGAAAAUAACAACAUAACUUUGAUGAAUAAUGUUAAUGGUUUUUUUGAAGAUCUAAAAUAGAAAAUUUUAGAAAAAAUAGGUACAAUUUAAAAAAUAGUUAUGACAAAAGCAAGCGAUUUGAGCAACUAAAAUGAAUAAAUCAUUUAAAAAUAUAAAGAGAUAUCCCAAAUACAUCAAUUAAGGUAAUUAUUAAUGAACGAGAAAAAACAAGAUUAUAAUAAUUUAGAAUAAAAAUGUAAAUAGCUUAUCAAAGAGUUGGAACUAUAAAAAGAAAAAAACUAGCUCAUUUUUUAAGAAUUAUAUUUCAAUAUGAGUUAAGUAGGAAAAGAUAUAGAUUUUUAAAGUACUAAUGUAAUUUAAGAGUAAAUAUUGCUGCUUUUAGAUAGAUUUAAUUUUCUUUAAGAGAAAUAAAAUGAAGAGUAAGAAGAAAUAGAUAAAAGAGCGAAUUCUUAACUCCUAAACAACAAACCAACUAUUUAAUAUGAAAAAAUAAACAACUCAGAUAGAAUUUAUAAAUUAAUCUCAAAUGAAUCAAAUUAUUGCUCAAAGUAAUUUUUAAAAGAUAUAAAAUAGAUUCUCAAAAGUAUAGAGCCCUUACUAUCCUAAAUUGAAGCAUAAGAUAUUUAUCAAAAAGAUAAGGAGCCUAUAAAAUUUAAAAAUUUAAAGAAGGAGAAUAUGGAAAAGAUAGAAAGCUAUGCUCAACAUAUUUAUAAAAUUAAUUAAAAGAAAAAAUAAUAUAUCAAAUAAAUAGAGUAAUCUAAGCAAAUAAAAGAAAUAAAUAAAAUUCUCAAUUUCAGAUUAAAUUAUUUAACUGAUUCAUUCAAAAAUAAUUUUUACGAAUAUUUGAUAGAGACUUAUCCCUUUUUGAGUUCGAUAGAUGUUGACCAAAUUACUACUUCAAGUGAAAACAUUUCAAGUCUUCAACAGUUAAAUGAUCAAGAAACAAAUGAAUUAACCCUAUUAAUUAAGAAAAGACUUGAAUUCAAUUAAUAGAAUGUAAGUGAUUCUAAAUAUAUUGUAGAUUAGCUUUAUUAAUAGCUUUCUAUAUAUAUCCCAUAAAAUGAUAUAAGAAAUCUAUUCUCAAGAUUCCCAAUUUUCGAUUUAAUCAAGAUAAAUAGGACGAUUGAUAUUUUAUAAAAAAUUUACUUUUAUGAGGAUUCAAAUAAGAAUGAAUUACUAAUUAAAAAGCAUUCAAAUAACUAAAUAACAAUUGAAUCAAACAAUUAAAUAUAAUUUAGUGUACUCUGUUUGCAAAAUUUUACUUUUGAAAAGAACAAUAGAUAUAUUAUUAGAAUUAAAGUUGAAUAAUAGCGUUAUUAUUCUGAAAUUUAAUUUAGUGUUGGUUUAUUGUAUCAAUCUCGAUAUUUAAAGUAUUUUAAUUACUAGAAUUCGCUUUAAACUUAAUAAGUACCCUUCUCAAAUGGAAAUUAAAUAGAAAUUAGAAUCCAUAUAAAUGAGUCUAUAUUUGAAGUUUUAGAUUAUCCUAACUAUAAUACUAAAAUAGUAAUGAUGAAUUAUCAAUCUAAAUAUUAGCUUCAAAGCUAAUUUAAUCACAAACUAUUUUUAAAUCUAUACAAAAAUGCAAACAUAUCUAUUAUGGAAGCUUAUAUUGAUAAAGAGUAAUAAUGA